UCAGCCCUAUGUGGUCCUAACCAACAGUUCAGUGCAUGUGGACCAUCAUGCCCAAGGACCUGCGGUCGCGACGAACCUGAAAUUUACACAAAAAGCUGUGUGCAGGGUUGCUUUUGCAAGGAUGGAUACAUUCUUGAUCGAGAAAACGGAGAGUGUAUUCCUGAAACGCAAUGCAAACAACAGCACAACUUAUGUUGCUUUUUUAUAGCUCAAUGCGGUCCUAAUGGACAGUUCAAAGUAUGUGGAACAACAUGCCCAAGGAUCUGUGGUCGUGACGAACCUGAACUUUGCACAUUAAAUUGUGUGCAGGGUUGCUUCUGCAACGAUGGAUACAUUCUUGAUCGAGAGGACGGAGUGUGCAUUCCUGAAACGCAAUCAGAGGCACCUCGGGCAAACUUUCCAAUGGCAGAUUAUCAGAAGACAAAACUUAUGAAGAUGAACUGUUGGGGUGAGCCUUCCAUAUCCCCUUGGGAAGAGCACAACUCAGGUUGCAUUUUUACAGCCGAAUGCGGUCCUAAUGAACAGUUCAAUAUGUGUGGAACAGCAUGCCCAAGGAUCUGUGGUCGUAACAAACCUGAGAAUUGCACUGCACACUGUGUGCAGGGCUGCUUCUGCAAGAAUGGAUAUGUUCUUGAUCGAGAAAACGGAAGGUGCAUUUCCGAAAAGGAGUGUUCAACGACGGAUAUAGGUUCAUUUUAA